UGCAGUUUUGUUGCGAUUUCAUAAACACAGAAUAUAAUGGAAAUUGCACUGCAAAUUGCAAGAAAUCAUUGAAAAUCUUCACAAGUAGCAAUAAAGUCUUCAGAAAUCGCACCCGACAAAAAAUGUGAUCAAUAUUACAACCAGGGACGGACUGACAACUCAUGGGGCCCCCGGCAAUAGAGGAUCAUGGGGUCCCUGUGUCCUUGCCCAAACUCAAAAAAGCCUAUGAAAAAGGUACCAGGGGCAUCUCAUGGGGCCCCCUACUGACCCUGGGCCCUCGGGCAGUGCCCAAGUUUCCAAAUGGUCAGUCCGCCCCUGAU